AUGAGACUGGAGGAAUUUGACGUGAGGAAAAAGAUAUCCAAAGGAGCAUUCGGUGAUGUUUACCUUGCGAAGCACAACGGACAGUACUAUGCUCUGAAAGCAAUCGACAAGGACAACAUCUACCGAAAGAAUAUGCUGAAUGAGAUUGUCGCUGAAAAAGACAUUCUAUCACAGUUGUCAGCGCCGUUUGUGGUCCAAAUGACUUACUGUUUCCAGUCGACGAAUUUGAUCUACUUUGCCAUGGAGUAUUGCUGCGGUGGAGACUUACAGGGCCUUCUCAAAGGAGUUCAAUAUUUUGAAGAGCCAGAGGCCGUGUAUUACAUAACACAAAUCGCAGUCGGACUACGUUUUCUCCACGAGCGCGGUAUCAUCCACCGCGAUCUCAAACCAGCGAAUAUUCUGUUAACGGCAAACGGCACGGUCAAAUUGUCUGAUUUCGGUUUGGCGGCCAAGUCGACCCAAUACCGCAGGCGGAAAGUCUUUGGAACACCUGGACAAGUGAGAUCUUUCAAACAGAGACUCAUUCUACGCGGAGUGUUACCAGAGAAAACACCAGCGCUGAUCGGUAAAACAAGAACACAACAUGCUGGCGGAGACGGGCCUCCUAUCCCUUUGGAAAUGGGCUCGAGCGACGAAGAGGCAGACUCAAAGGAUCCUUUUUCGGAAGACAACAUGAUUGUAUCGAAAGAAGGAACGCCAAAAACACCUGUUUCCGCUGGCAGACGCUCCACCGGCGACAACAUGAGCUCGACAACUCCCAGCAGACAUAUGCGUCGUCUGAGCUCCGCUACAAAGGUCGACAUGUGCGAGUACACGCCUUCGAAGAUGGUCGGUAGUCCAAACUACAUGUCCCCGGAGCUAGUGCAGGAUCAUAAAGUUUGUUCGAUGAGUGACUGCUGGUCACUUGGUGCUGUUUUAUUUGAGUUUUGUCUUGGCUUGCCUCCGUUUUACUCAGACACAGUUGAUGAGGUCUUUGAUAAAGUCAAAAAAGGCGAUGUGGAUUGGGAAGAGGCGAGCGAGUUCUUGAGCGAGCAGAUGAAAAAUCUUCUACAAAAGCUUCUACAACUGACGCCGAACGAUCGUCUCUCAGCGGGUGAAAUUCUACAACAUCCAGUCAUCAAUGAGUAUUUUGGCGAGAGAUCAACACUCGAAGAAACGAUUCAAAAAGUCAAGGAUGCUGAACCACCUGUAACGCCGGAAUUAGACGACCCAGAGGAUCUUUUGUACUUUCAAUGA